UUUAAUUUGGCAAGAUCAUUAGCGACGAGAUUAGUGCCUAAUCUGCUUCAGAUCGAUCCGUUGUGUCAUGACUCAUAUAAAAUUAUUAUAAUCGAAGUCUAAGAGCCAACACCAGUCUCGGAUUUUUAGUUGAGGUCUAACACGAGCAUGGCGCAAUCUAACCUCGCUGAGGAGUUGAUCAGAAACAUUGAAAGUACUAUUGAUGUGAACGCGUCACCGGAACAGCAGUUAAAACAGUUAAGGUCCCAGCUAGCAGCACUUUCCCAACUACCCUCCAUAAUACAACAAACUGUCCAGCGACUUAACGACAGAAUCAACAGCAUAACUCAGCGGGAGCAACAGAAAAGGAUGCAAGUACAAAAUAUACAUAAAACGAAUCCGGUCCAAAUAAAAAUAACAAAACCUAGCGCAAGCGAGGAUGAACUGGCCAUCGUGAGAAAAGAAGAGGUCAAGAAGAUUUUGAACACCAAGAUGAGGGAGGAGAAGUUGAAAAGGGAAAUGGGUUUUACGAAGACAAAUCAACAAUCACGUCAAAGCGACAAAGCAACGCCAUCUUUUGGUAGACUCCAGGAACAAUCUAGAAUACUGUCUCGAAGGAAAUGGUACCAUACAGACGAUGUUUACGAUGAGGACAUGAUAAACGAGGCGCUGCUCGGACAAGCGGAAGUCAUUAAAGGGAAAGCUAUUGGUGUAAAUUUCAUGAAAUUUCAAAAACCGCCUCCACCUUUGGAUCACUUGAAGCAUUCAGAAGUCUUCAAAGCUAUCCACGAGCAAGAACAUUAAACACUAAGACCUGUUCUAUCAGAGGUUGGGUACAAGGAGGUUAGAGUGAUUUUUGCGACGAUAUAUUAUAUAUAAUGUGGCUGAAGUUCCUUCUGUGGGAAAAACUGUGUCAAAAACACUAAAAAAAAUAAGUUAUUUCAACAUAGUUAUUAAAACUGUAGUUUUUUUUUACAAAAACAAAACCCUUUAAUUACUCACACUGCAUUUGAAUGAAGUCUAUACUAAUUUUGGUCAAUUCCUUUACACAGCUUUGCUUUUUAAUCGGUUUUCAUAUCUAGAAAAUUCAGAAUUAUAUACAAAUACAUUAAUUCUUUAUUGAGAAGUCAUCGAAACGUUUCUUUAAAUAAUCAUUUUAACUAACCGACACGACUAUCUCAAUCCGAAAAUAUAGUUUUACUUACUUGUUUACUGAAGUUGCAAUUUAAAAAAAUAUUAUGUCAUUCUUAUGUCAAGGUCUAGGCUAUGGCUUCAUUCACAAUUUAAAUGUCACCAUUUCUCCAACGUGUUGUCACAAUUGCCUAGACAUAAAUAAAAAAGCAAUAUGUAAGAAAUAUAGAUAUUUAUUUUAUAAAACAACUUAAAUUAGUUUUUUGGGAUUUAAAACAAAUUCAGAACCUAAAAGGGUUUCCUAAAAAUUUAUGAGACCACCUCCACUGAUGAAAAAUGUGUUUAUGAAAAAUUAUAUAUUUUGUAAUUAUUAUUUUAUGUGUUUAUUGUUAUUUUCCCAUACAAAUUAAGAAAUAAUGUUUUCUGAGACUUAUAUGAUUGUCUUCCCGUGCGGCAUCAUGAAUUAUUUAAAAAGCCACAAACAUCAAUAAUGCACUUGGAAGUUAAAUAAAUUAAUAUAAAAAAGGUUUGUGUUGUAAUAUUAAUGUACUGAAAGUGAAUUGUUUGUUAUAAUAUUCAAAUAAAUUAUUUUAAAUGUU